CUGCAACACACACUCUCUCUCUCACAGUCGGCUUAAAAGAAGAAGAUGAUGAAGAACGUCAAGAAGGCGGCGCCAGAGUUCGCGACAUCCGAAACGUUCGUGUGGUGGGACAUGGACAGCUGUCCGCUCCCCAGUGGUUAUGACCCAAGUCGGGUGGGUCCGAGAAUAGACACGGAGUUGAAGAAUCUAAGCUACAACGGUCCGCUCACCAUCAUUGGCGUUGGUAACCUGGAAGGAGUCCCUCAUGACUUCCUGAAAGCGCUCUCUUCCGGUGGAGUCGUUAUCAAACAGCUUCAACUAGUCGACAACUUUGGUGGAGAGUGGGUCUGGGAUAGGUUUGGCUUACUCAAAGUAUCAGGGUCUGCCAACAAUGAGACGAGAAGACCGGACACAGGCUGUGAAAUGCAUUUUUGCGGAUUAUGCGAUUUUUCUUCCGACAGCUUUGAUGAUUUCGCCACGCACUUCAAAACUCUCCCACAUGCAGAUAAGAUGGAUGAGUAUCUUUCUUACCUUGCGUGGACGUUUAAUCGUGCAGCAGAACUUACCGAGGCCCGUAAGCUUGGAGAGACUUUUCUUGCAAAAUUGGAAGCAAAAAGGCAAGAUUUUUUAGAGCUGGACAAUUGUUUUAAUGAUGACGAUGAUGAUGACGAUGUUCCAAAGACUGAUGAGGCAAGUUAGAGUUUCUUUUUUUAAUACAGAAAUACAAAUCUUGUUUUUUAAUACAGAAAUACAAAUCUUGUUUAGACUGCAACAUUGCAGUCAAAAAGCUUGAAGAAGCCUAAGAGGCAG